AAAACAUUUUUUCAUUAAUUGCAAUCUUUGGCAGAGAAGAAGGUCCUAUAAUUCCUCAGUUUAAGAGAGAGAUGGCAACAAGUCCAGAAAAACAGUACAUGUUGGAUGGCAACAGCCUGACAACGGAGAAGUUGGUGAAACUUGGAAAGGGAGAAUAUCUCAUCAAGUUGAGCCCUGAAUCAGAAGAGAAGGUCAACAAAGCGAGACAUGUUAUUGAUGCGGUGUUGGAAAAGAAUGAAGUUGUUUAUGGAAUCACAACAGGUUUCGGCAAAUUUGCUAAUACGACAAUUCCAAAAGAGAAAUUAAUGUAAGUACAA